GGCUCCGGUGACUGCCCCCCUCGGCCCUACUCGGGAAGGGAACGAGCGGCACGAAAAAAAAAGAAAAAACACACGGCGCCUAGAAUGACAUAGAAGCGGCUCGAGCGCGCGCGAGAGACCGGAGAGACCGGGAGCGAGAGAACUGCGCUCGUGCGGAGGAGGAUCACUACAGCGACACGUCUGAGGAACGACGCGGCGGAGAGAAGAACAAUGCUGAUUAAAGAAUUUCGAGUGAUCCUGCCCAUUUCUGUGGAGGAGUACCAGGUAGGUCAGCUGUACUCAGUAGCAGAGGCCAGUAAGAAUGAGACGGGUGGAGGAGAGGGAGUGGAGGUGCUAAAGAACGAACCAUACGAGAAAGAUGGAGAGAAAGGCCAGUACACACACAAAAUCUACCACCUUCAGAGUAAAGUCCCGUCUUUUGUGCGAAUGCUGGCACCAUCAUCAGCUCUCAACAUCCACGAGAAAGCCUGGAAUGCUUACCCUUACUGCCGCACAGUCAUCACAAACGAGUACAUGAAAGAGAACUUCCUCAUCAAGAUAGAGACAUGGCAUAAACCUGACAUGGGUCAUCAGGAGAAUGUUCAUGGUUUGGACCCCGACACUUGGAAGAAGGUGGAUGUGGUGUAUAUUGACAUUGGUGACAGGACUCAAGUUGAACCCAAGGAUUACAAACCGGAGGAAGACCCUGCCAGGUUCAAAUCUGCCAAGACUGGCCGAGGGCCUCUGGGCCAUGACUGGAAGAAAGAACUCCCUAAAAAAACAGACUGUCCACACAUGUGUGCCUACAAACUGGUUACAGUCAAGUUCAAGUGGUGGGGGCUGCAAAACAAAGUGGAGAACUUCAUUCAGAAGCAAGAGAAGCGCUUGUUCACAAAUUUCCACCGGCAGCUCUUCUGCUGGAUUGAUAAAUGGAUCGAGCUGAACAUGGACGACAUUCGCAGGAUGGAGGAGGAGACCAGGAAGGAGCUGGAUGAGAUGAGAGUGAAGGACCCUGUAAAAGGGAUGGUGGCUCUAGAGGAUUGAAGACUUUGUGUAUAGCUGAAGUGUGCUGCUGUUUGUGUUGGUGUGUAAACGGAGGUGCCGGACGCAUUGCCGUAUUGUGACCCUAUAGGCUCCCCUGUUGUCACUCAUUAGAAGAAUCCCUUCAACUAUUCAUCAUAAAUGACUUUGAUCUACUACUAAUCGCUGUUACUGGCCUAAUAUUACACAAUUCUGAAAACAAGUUUUUAAAUCUCUCCCAAGGCCUUUGUAUUUUAGAUCCCAUUUUAUAGUAAUCCACCUCUCACACAGUCUUUCUCUCUCACUGUCUCUCUCUCUGUCUAUCUCUCGCUCUCAGUUCUCUGUUAAUACUACUAGUAAACACCAGCGGCAUCAACCGUAAAAUCAGGAAAAAACAAGAUAGUUUAGUAAAGGAUGACUAAAUGAACGUUUAAAUGAAUGUACAUUCCCUUUACCCUAUCACUAAAAGCAAUACAGGGAUACCACUCAUGUAGGUCUUUAACCAUGUGUAAUAAAAAAAAACACACACAAACAAAAAAAGGAGUGUGUUUUAGGAUUAUUUCUAUGUAAAAUCAGAAGAUAUAUAUACAUAUACAUUAAAUAUACAUAUACUAAUGUUGUUAAAGAAUGAAAAACUGCAAAAAUAGAGAAUAAAGAGUGAAGGAGGUUUCUGCAUAGCGGUUUUCCCAUAUGAACACACUGGAAAAUGUCCAGAGAAUCAGGUACAGAAAUUAUCCAGAAUUCCCGUUCACACAUGUAGCGCACAGCUGGGGAGUUUCUAUGUCAUUCACAUUCUAUACUUCAUACUACAGGACCUGUUCCUGUGUAGCACCUGCAGUGGGCAUGGUAUUAUGCAAUAAAAGUACCCUGUGGGAAUAGCAUAGAACUAGGCCUGUCAUGAUAACUAUUUUAUUUGGAGAAUAUGUAUUCUCAGAAAUACUUGUAAAAAAAAAAGAUGUAAUUAUAAGACUAUGUUAAGGCUAUUUUAUGCCAAUGUGCUACUGAUAUAAUUAUAAUUGAAUUUCACUCAUGUUUAAAAAAGCAUUAUAUUUUUACUUUAAAGAAAUAAAUUAUUAUUAUUCUGAUAAUGAUCCAUAUACGUAUAUACAGAUCUGAUAAACAUUGUAAAACACCCCUAUUUUUUUUUUCAUUUAUUUGUGCCGUUUAAAAAGGUUAAAAAGGUAGUUUAGUUUAAGAAAAUAGUGUUAUAUAACAUAAAAGCAUGGGACUUUAUCCUACUCCUUCAAAAGAGUUUUGGGAACUGGAGAAAACUGCUACAGGAAGAUUCACCUCUGGCUGACCCACAUGGCAACAGCACCUUCAGCUCAGCUUAAGCUUAACUGGACUUAGUUAAGCUUAACUGGACUCAGUUUUAGCAGUGAAAUGAAUAAAGAAUUAGAAGUCUGACAGGUGAAGUAAAAUUAUUGCUAACAUGAGAAAAUAAAAAACUAGCUUGUCUGGGCCAUAAAGCCCUGCUACCGAUCUACAAAAGAAAUAGAGGAAAUGACAUAAACUAGAUAAACUGGUAAUGAACUGGUAAACUGAUCUGAACAUAGAGCUCCUCCUGGUAAUGUCCUAUAUGCUUAAUUUAAAAAAAUAUCAAAUUAAGCACUUUUUCACUGUUUAACAUAAUUUGAAUCUGUUCCAUAUGUAGUUAAGAACAUUUGUGAAUAACGGACCAACAGAGGAAUAAAAUCUUUAAUCUAUAACUUCCAUUACAGGUUCUGUAAAGUUGAUAUUUUGGAGAUACAAGUUUUUUGCAUUAAAGUGAUAUCCAUGUGUCUAUCUGUAUACAUAUACAGAGAGAGAGAGAGGAGUCGAGAGAUGUUGUGAGAUCUGUGUGCACAGGUUUUUUCAGUGAUUAAUGAUUAUUAUGAUUAUUAUGGUCGUUCCUAAAUGUCUGUUUUGCGGACCAAGCCGACUCUCCUCAGUGUACCGUUUCAAUCUCGUGACUGUCGUUAUUAUUAUUUGUCGUUUUUUAUUUGAUUUUUUUUGUUUGUUUUAUCGUUUAUUUCAUUCGUCUGAUUUUUGCUGUAUCUCCACAUUAGUUUAAGAUCUUAUUUGAGGAGUGGGCAGUGUGUAUAAUACAGGCAGUGGAGAAAGUAACAUUGUGAGAACAUUGUACUCAUUGUUCUGUGCCUUCCUGAGCUGCAGAACUCCCUACAGGGUUAACAACAUGUCCUCCGCCUCUCAGAGCGAGUAUCGAUCUAUACAUUCAAUUAAUUCUUUUUUUUCUCUCAUUUAAUCGCUUUAUGUGCUUUUCUGGCCUGUGAUUCGGGUGUACGUUUUUUUUUUCCACACACUCUUUCUUGUUUUGCCCUCUGUGUACAGAAUUACUGCUUAGUCAUCCACUCAUGCUCCAGCUUUACUGUCAGCGGUUGUCACAUUCCCCGUGUUCCUGCCUGUGUGUUCUCAGGAGUGUUAAAGAGGUUUGAGGGCAGCUCAGAACAUGAAAUAUUUUCUUCUUUAUAGUAUAUGUAAUUAUAUAUUGUUAAAAAAGUAAAUAUAUCAAAUAUAUUGUCCUUAUAUUCCAAAGUAGAGUAUAAAUAUAUUGUAAUAUACUUUGUGUAUAUUGCAUUUGGGGUUUAUUUUGUUUGUUUCUUUUCUUCCUGUUUUUAUUCUGUAUGGGCUGGUUCUUGACCCUCUGUGUGUGUGUGUGUGUGUGUGUACUCUACCAGCUUGUGUAAUUAGUGGUGUGAAUGCAUUUGUGUGAGCCACCUUUGUCCAGUAUCGAGCCGUAAUAUUUUGAGCAGACUAACGAAAUGAAAGUCUGUGAAGAAAGAUGGAGCACAGAAAAAAAGCACUUUUUUUUUUUUUUUCUAUUUUUGGUUUAAAAAAAAGGUAAUUUUUUAAAAUAUAAAUUAGGUAUACACUAACUGUCAAGCUGUUCCAUAUGCAUUGACAUUGAGUAGAGCUGUUUACGUGUGUAAAAAGGACCCUUAGGGAAAAUUGAGCAAGGGGACCUCGUGCUUUAUUAAAAUAAAUAAAUAUAUUUAAAGUGAUAUAAAUAUAGUGUUGCCAUUAUAACAUGCACCCCAGUCCCUAUUACAUAUAUAUUUACAUUUGGAGAAUAAGCUGCACUUUCUAUGAUGUCACCACCUAUUCAGCCUACCACAGUCUAGCGCCACCCACUUAUACUGCCGUUCUCAUUCAUAAGUGCAGUAAGGGCAGCCAAUCAGAAUAGACUUCUUUUAUGUUCUAUCCUUGUUUAAGAUGCAGUGAAUUAACUGCCUAUUGAAUUUUAAGAAUUCUAUAUUUUGACCAAUUUCAAAGCAUUAAAAAGUCAUUGAAACAGUACAAGGGGACCUCAUGGGAAAAUAUAAUAUACAGGAACAAUGUAGGAAACACCCCCUUUAAAUUAUAGAUGACCACAUGAGUAUCAUCUACAGCAAGAAAGCUGUAUAUCAAUAAUGGCUGAGCUAUAUUUAGCGACCCUUUAUCUAUUGAUUGUUAACUGAGCGUAAUAAGACAUCCAUACAGCUCUCACUUACCUUCUGUAGAUAUGUUACAUCAUAUUAUCCUAUUUUUUCCCUACACCAUUUUGGACAUUUCAUAAUGAUUGAUCCAACAGAAAUCGUCCAAAAUUCUAUUUGACAUUAACUUAAGAAUGAUUUUGCUUUAGACAGUAAAGUUACCUAUUAAAAGCUAUUUUUCUUUUUUAUUAUUAUUAAAAUGAUAUUAUGUAAUUAAGGUAAAUUCUUCUUUUAGUAAUGUUUGGAUUGUCAAUUUAAAUACAGAAAACUUUAGUUUUUUAUUACUUUCUGCUAAUCUAAAAAAUUAUAAAUUUUUGCUGUGACAAUCAUAUUUUACUUUUUUAUUGUGCUAAUUCAGUUAAUAGUAAACUAAUUAGAAGGUACACGAGCUGCAUAGACAUUAUAAUACACUUACAUAAUAACCAAUAGCAGGGUGUGAAGUGGGUCAGUACCAAAUCAAAGGUUAAAUUAACAAUUUGACAUAUUUUAGAAGUACUGAUAAAAUCUGAUAAGAAACUCAUGAAUAGUUUAUGUUUGAUUCAAAUAUAUGAUUUUUCUGCUUGUUCUGGUUACUGUGCUUGUGCAUGUCUCCACAUUGAGUGGGGCUUCUAUCUGUAAACAUAUGCCAUGCUGAGCUUUACAAGAAUUCAUAUUUCAAAAAAAUAUAUAUAUAGUGAAACUAAGAAAUGAUGAAGCUCAGGAUGAUAUCUGCAGUAAGAAUGUUUUGAUAUACAGUAUUCCUACUACAUAAUUGUUGUACUCUACUUGUCUACAAGUAGAAAAAUGUAAAGGUUAUAGAGUCUUGCUCAAGGCAGUGUUGUUAGCCGCUAUGCUAUCACAAGACGCUAACAGCUUAGAAGCCGAUACUUAUGGAACAGCUCUGACCUUUGGUUGAAUGACAGAUGUAUACCUAAUUUAAUAUUUAAAAAAAAAUGGCCAUCUAUGUAAUGUAUAACAGUUUUUAAUUAUUUUUCCCCUACUGUCUGAUCAUCAUGGUGCUCUGAGAACAAUGCUAACUGCUAAUGAUGCUAAUGUUAUUUGCCAGGCGAUGUAGUGAAAGUUUUUGUUCAUUUUCUAUUCUGGGGAAUUCUUCAGUGCUACGCUAGGUAGCAACCCCGCCCAUCCAUUCUCACACUCUUCUAAUGAAUAAAGGGAACUUUUAUCCAAGUUUUAGCAAUAAUGCUCACGUUCCCGUCUCAUCUUCCGGCCUCUUUAUCGAUAAUCACGAAACUCACUUCUGUGUUAGUGAAUUAGCCAUACCGUUCUCCGAAUGUUGCUUAGUGUAACCCAUGCUAGAGCCCUUUCAGGGAGUAGGGAUUCGCUUAUGAGUUUUGAGUAUGAGAAUGGGUUUUCUAUAUAAGGCGACGUGUGUGUAAGUGUGUAUGGGGUGGUCUUAUUAGUCUUCAUAUGUAUGAGGUACUUUUGGUGUAGAAUGGAUGUUUGCCCCUGCCCAUUCUAGCAGCCGAUGCCCACCAUUCUUUCCCUGCGUAGCGGAACAGCUGAGCUGGCUUUCCACUUGCUGGCUUUGUCAUUAACAAACACUGUACAAAACCCAUCAGCAAUACUCCACUGCUGCGUCUGCCCAGUCAUGGAGAUGUAUGGAUGUAUGUAUUGAACUGUACAUAGUAUAUAAAUAUAUGUAGAUGAACACACAUAUAUAUAUAGGUCAGACUGUCCUGCCAAACCGUCAGCACACAACCCCAGAACCCUUAGAGCCCUAUUUGAGUGACCGCUGUGAUGGGGAUGUAAGUUUAAUGUGAAACUGCUUCAAUGAUUCUGAUGCUGAUGCUGCUGUAGCUGUUUUAGCUGUAGCUGUUUUAGCUGUGGCUGUUUUAGCUGUGGCUGUGCUUGCUUAACUUAGCGCCCAUCGAUACACACUGUGGCUCGAGUGGCUGCUAAACACACUGAUUUAGCAUCAGUUCCACAGAGACAGCAGAUUGCCACAGUCAAUAAUAUUGCCCUGUCUAAUGUGGUUUCUAUUGAUGUCACGUCAACAGCUGGGAAUUGUCUCCUCUGUCCUGCUUUUAGAAACAGGGAUUGGUGUAAAUUAAAGACUGAUCAAAUACUAAAGAGGAACAUCAGUGUUUUUACAUCUGUAGAGAUUGGUCAAUUACCAUGGAAAAUAAGUUACAUAAUGCAGGUACCCAGAUAACAUUCCCAUGUGGGGUGAGUGUGGGUAGCCCAGGCUUUGUUUACAGGAUCCAUGUGGGCCCCACAUGUGGUUGCACUUGGGCUUAGAUGGGACCCAUUCAAAAAUAAGAUGCGCUGUAAUUAUGGAGCCUAUUUGGAAAGCCUAACUGGGUCCCAGUAACAAGGCAUGUACAGUACAAACUCAAGCAGAGCCCAUUGCUACCUGGAACCCAGCUAGCUCAUGCUUCCCACAAGUAAGCUUCACUUGAGCAUGUUGGAUGGGUAAUGGCAUACCAUGACUUUUUUAUGCAUAGCUGGACACAAUCUUCUAAAGCAUCAAAAUUCCAUUAAAUUCCAGUCAAAUUUUAAAGGAUUAAAUGUGCCAGUUUAUGUUAUGCACCUUUCACACCUACUAUUUUAGUUUGGACCACACUGAAGAAACAAGUCCAUGUGUGAAAACCAGUUGUACAAGAUGUACAGUAAUUUGUACUCCCUUAAACAAACUCCGCCCCCACCACAGCUGCCCCCCCACCCAGCCCUGGCUCCGUCCCUUUGGCAGGAUGGUAUCUAAAUAUAUUUUUGUUCUAACUGUCGUUGUACCUGCAGUUUGUCGUCAGUCUCUGAGCUCUGCUGGUCUUCUCUUUUCUAAUGGCGGCUCACGCUCUAAGGCUCUUUUGAAAGCUUUGGUAGAAGUCUGCACUUUGUCCUGCUGGUCUGAGAGAACCUUUAUUCUCAGGGUCCAGACAUGAGAAAUGGGGCCAAAGCCAGCGUGAAAUGGCCAGCUUCUAACCACAGGCCUAAGAGCAGAUUAUAACAGGUGGCUUAAGAGCAGAGUAUCAGAUGAAGGGGUUACUUUGCCUAUACAUAAAGCAGAUCAUGGCGCAGAGACUUUCUCAUAGCUAUGUUGUUCUUAGACUCCACAUUUUGUCGUCGGAUUUACAAAAUCGAUUAUUCCGAACUAGAACUGGUUCAUUUUAACCAUUUUUGUUUGUUUGUUUGUUUGUUAGUUUGAUGUCACUUCCUUCCUUGUCAUCUGUUUUUGUUUCUUUUACUGUGAAUUUGUGCCUUUUGUCAUUUAAACUUCCAAUAAAUCUACAUUGGAGAUGUGGGAAAAAAAUCAAACCUGAAAAAUAA